UAGUUAUUGCCCCAACCCCUACAUAUAUAAGCGUACUACUCCAUAAUAAACUCCCUGAGCAAGGUGCGGGCCGCUUUUGCAGAAACCCUAGUUCCAAAGGUAAGGGAGAACAAGUGAACAACAAUGGCGGUGCCUCUGCUUACCAAGAAGGUCGUGAAGAAGAGGGUUAAGAGGUUUAUUAGACCCCAGAGUGACCGCAGAAUCACUGUCAAGGAAAGCUGGCGCAGACCCAAAGGUAUCGAUUCUAGAGUGAGGAGAAAGUUCAAGGGAUGUGUCUUGAUGCCCAAUAUAGGGUACGGGUCUGACAAGAAAACCCGUCACUAUCUUCCCAAUGGUUUCAAGAAGUUUGUUGUGCAUAAUGCAAGUGAGCUUGAGGUCUUAAUGAUGCAUAACAGAACUUACUGUGCGGAGAUUGCACACAAUGUUUCCACAAGGAAGAGGAAAGAGAUUGUUGAGCGAGCUGCCCAGCUUGACGUUGUCAUAACAAACAAGCUUGCUAGGUUGCGCAGCCAGGAGGAUGAAUGAGCAUUUUGGCUUUAGAUGAUAUUCUAUAUUGUUAGUGUUUGCACUUGUUCCUUGUGUUUGUUUGAUUAACAUUCUAUUUUCCCCGAAGUGGAUUUUGGCUUAUCCUAUUGCUAUCAAAUGCUUAAAUUUGCAGAUUUUAGUACCACCUUUUUACCA